CCGUCCUGUCAGGGACGUCGCGAGGAUGGAGGCGAGCCGCUGCUGCCUGAGGGCUUCGACGCCGGGCGCUUCAGGUGCCCGCCGUUGCCGUUACACAAGCGCAGCCUAAGAAGAGCGGGCGCCGUUUUCCCCUCACGGCGGCGGCGGCCGAUGCUCGUCGUGUGAGGAAAAGUCCUCGUGGCCGGCCGGGCAGCCCUGCCGCCGCCGCCGCCGCCUCCCUCUCUCCCUCCCUCCCAUCAGGCGCUCUUUCUCCCUCUCUCCCCGUCAGCCAGUCACUCCGCGCUUGAGCUGAGGCGCGGCGGCUGCGGCAGAGGAGCCGGCUGAGGCGCGCUCUCCCCCUUUCCCGCCUCCUUCUCCUUCCUCGCAGGCAGGCAGGCGAAAGGGGCUCGACUUGCCACCCGGCGGCGGCUUGGGCUCCCGAGCGUUGUUUGGCGCUGCCCGCCCGUCUGCCUUGCCUGCGGCGGCCAUGACCUCGAGCGGCAGGCGGAGAGGCCGGGAGCGGGGGGAGCCUCACCAGCAGGAGGAGGAUGAGGAGCUGCCCGUGUACCUGGCGCGCCCGGGCACCGCCGACCAAGUGCCCCGCCAGAAGUAUGGCGGGAUGUUCUGCAGCGUGGAGGGCGCCUUCGAGAGCAAGACGCUGGACUUCGCGGCGCUCAGCGUUGGGCAGAGAGGGGCCCGGAGAGCCCCGUCGCGGCAGCAGGAGCCCCAGCAGCCCCCGCCGGAGCCCGACGCGCCCCCGGACGAAGCCCCGGCCCGCAGCGUCGAAAUCCGGGCCCGCUCCGGCAAGGAGCGCCUGCAAAACCUCGACUACGAGGAUUACAAGAGCGACCGUCUUCUCAUUAAGGGAGGGAGGAUAGUCAAUGAUGAUCAGUCAUUCUAUGCUGACAUUUACAUGGAGGAUGGUCUUAUAAAGCAAAUUGGAGACAACUUGAUAGUCCCUGGCGGAGUGAAGACCAUAGAAGCCAAUGGAAGGAUGGUUAUCCCUGGAGGGAUUGAUGUCAACACUCAUUUGCAGAUGCCAUACAAGGGGAUGACAGCAGUGGAUGACUUUUUCCAAGGGACAAAAGCAGCCUUGGCGGGUGGGACCACCAUGAUCAUUGAUCAUGUUGUUCCUGAGCCUGAGUCCAGCCUCAUAGAAGCAUAUGAGAAGUGGCGAGAGUGGGGUGAUGGGAAGGCUUGCUGUGACUACUCCCUGAAUGUGGACAUCACCCACUGGAAUGACAGUGUCAAACAAGAAGUGCAAACACUCAUCAAAGAAAAAGGUGUUAACUCUUUCAUGGUUUACAUGGCCUAUAAGGAUUUGUACCAGAUGUCAAAUACAGAGUUGUAUGAGAUAUUUAGUUUCUUGGGAGAUCUUGGCGCAGUAGCUCAAGUUCAUGCUGAAAAUGGAGAUAUCGUUGCACAGGAGCAAGCUAGGAUGCUGGAGAUGGGAAUAACUGGCCCAGAGGGCCAUGUACUUAGUAGGCCAGAAGAGCUGGAGGCUGAAGCUGUCUUCCGUGCGAUCACCAUUGCCAGCCAGACUAACUGCCCCUUAUAUGUGACCAAAGUGAUGAGCAAGAGUGCUGCUGACCUGAUUUCACAGGCCAGAAAAAAAGGUAAUGUAGUGUUUGGCGAGCCAAUUGCAGCCAGUCUUGGAACAGAUGGAACACACUAUUGGAGCAAAAACUGGGCAAAAGCUGCUGCAUUUGUGACCUCCCCUCCUCUGAGUCCAGAUCCAACAACCCCUGAUUACAUCAACUCCUUACUGGCCAGUGGUGACCUACAAGUCUCAGGAAGUGCACACUGUACAUUCAGUACAGCGCAGAAAGCAAUUGGAAAAGACAACUUCACAGCAAUCCCAGAGGGGACCAAUGGUAUUGAGGAACGGAUGUCUGUUAUUUGGGACAAAGCAGUGGCUACGGGGAAAAUGGAUGAGAACCAGUUUGUGGCUGUGACAAGCACCAAUGCUGCCAAGAUCUUCAACAUGUACCCAAGAAAGGGCAGAAUUGCUGUUGGAUCAGACAGUGACCUUGUCAUAUGGGAUCCCGAUGCAGUGAAAAUUGUAUCUGCUAAAAGCCACCAAUCAGCAGCGGAAUACAACAUCUUUGAAGGAAUGGAGCUACGUGGAGCCCCCUUGGUUGUCAUAUGCCAGGGGAAGAUAAUGAUGGAAGAUGGCAACCUUCAUGUGACACAGGGGACAGGACGCUUCAUUCCUGGCACCCCUUUCUCAGACUAUGUCUACAAGCGCAUCAAAGCAAGGAGGAAGAUGGCUGAGAUGCAUGCUGUGCCAAGGGGCAUGUAUGAUGGGCCUGUGUUUGACUUGACCACUACACCUAAAGGGGGCACUCCUGCAGGCUCUACUCGGGGAUCACCUACCAGGCAGACACCCCCAGUAAGGAAUCUCCACCAGUCUGGAUUUAGCUUAUCGGGUAAGCUAUCGGGUACCCAAAUUGAUGAAGGUGUUCGCGCAGCAAGCAAGCGCAUUGUAGCACCUCCAGGAGGCCGCUCCAAUAUAACAUCUCUGAGUUAAGCACCCAGUACUCAGGGAGGGGAGAAGGGGGGGAAGGGAAGGGGGAAACUGUUAUUUGAGAAAACUAAGCAAUGGUACCUUGAUAUUUAAGAAGGAAAGAGCAACCUGAAGAAGCGUUCAGAUUUUGAAGAAUCAAUAAGCCUCAAGCCUUAUGUUUCAUAAAUGCUACUCGCUACCUAGCUUUAAAAAAUAUUGCGGGUUUUCUUUUCUGUUUAUUCAUAGCCUUAAUAUCCCCCCUUUUUUUUUUUACAUGCAUGCAAAUCUGACAGGUGACUAAGUUAAGAGUAUGUAAUUGUACAUGGUGAGUGCUUGUGUGAUAACACAUUGUAAGAAGGGGAUUGGAUUAAAGAUGGGAAACUAAUGACAUGAGCUGUUUAUUUAGCCAGUUUACUUGGGCAGAAUCAACCAAGGAGUUUUAGUGUUGGGGAAGGGUGGGGCAGAAGGUGGUGGGGCAGGGUAGUGGGAGGUGGACGGGGGGCAGACCAAGUAGAUCUGUGUAUUGUGUCCAUGUUCUUCUGUUUCCACUAAAUUCAGACAAGACAUAGUUGCCUCAGAGCACUACAUGAGGCCAUUGGAAAAUUCAGCCAUCUUUGUAAUGGCUCUGUUGUAUCACCUUCCUGUUAGAGAUUUUAUUACUUUGUACAUUUUAUUGAAUAAAAAAUGGAAAGGCA